CCAAUUCUUAUAAGGUGAUACCUGCCAUCUAUAGCAUAUACAUCCGCUGUCCACGGUUGGUUUGGAAGAUUGAACAUCUUUCCAUCAACCCCGGUCCACGCUCUCUCCCGCCGCUAGCUCCACCGCACCACCAUAAGUGAUCCUAGGAGUAGCCGAACUUUCCCGCUCUGCAUACCCAGACGCAUCCACGCCACGAGCUUGUGGGCUAAUUUCUCUGGUCAGGGGGUUGGGCACGGGACCGUAUGCAGAUGGCCCUACGUCGACUGGGCGGCCACCCGCGGGUGGCCCCCGCCUCGGGGCGCUGUGGGGCCCGGAGGAUGCUGGCGGUGCCCCCGGUGACAGCAUCAGCUGCGAAUGCCUCCGGCGCCAGCAUGUACGCCCCCGCCGCCGCUGCGUCGCCGGCGGAGGUGGCUGCGGCGCUGUCGGGCGCGGUUCCGGCCGUGCCGGCAGCUGCCGAGUCGGCUGACCUGCCUUUCUACUCGCAGUACCCGUUAGACCGCAAGUCCGAGUGGCGGCGGGACGGGCCGCGCCUGAACGAGCUGUUCGCUCGCCCCGACGCCAAACUCAUCCCGCUCCUGCGAGACAAGGUGUUGGUGCGACCGGCAGUAGCAGCCGACACCACAGCAGCAACAACAGGCGCAGCAGCUACAGCCGAUGCUGCAAGUGCUACAGCCGCUGCCGCAGCGCCGCCGCCGCCAGCGCUGCUGCAGCCAGUGCUCCUCUGCCCGGCCUCGGCCCACGCGGACCUGGUUGGAUCCAGCCCCGCGCGCCCCUUCCUCGGCCUCGACGCCCACGGGGCGCCGUACUUUGCGGUUGGCCUGCCGGGCGACAGUCCCGCGGGUCUGGCGGAGGCGGAGGCGCUGGCGGCGGAGGCGGGCGGCGGCGCAGAGUGGCGCGGGGCUCGGCUGGCGGGUCCCGACCUGGCGCCGGGGGACGCCUCGCUUCUGGCGGUGGCGUCGGGACUGAUGGUGUGGCACAACAGCACCGGCUUCGGCGCAGCCAGCGGCGGUCCCAUGGUCUCCACACCCGGCGGCUUCUCCCGUAAGUCCGCACCGCCGCCGCCACCCCCUCCACCUUCAGCAGAUGGGAACGGCGCCGCCCCUGCCCCCGCCGCUGCCGCUGCUGCCGCCCCCUCCCGGCCGGAGUCGGCGUACCCGCGCAUCGACCCCGCCGUCAUCAUGCUCAUCACCUCGCGCUGCGGCGGGUGGGCGCUGCUGGGCCGCAAGAGGGAGUGGCCCACGGACAGGUACUCCACGCUGGCUGGCUUCCUGGACCUGGGUGAGCCGCUGGAGGCGGCGGUGGCGCGUGAGGUGGCCGAAGAGGCGGGUGUCGCCGUGGACCUUCCCUCCGUCACCUACGCCGCCAGUCAGCCCUGGCCCUUCCCGCGUUCCCUCAUGGUCGGCUUCUUCGGCCGCGCCGCCCCUGCCGCCUCGCCCGCCGCCGCCGCCACCGCCACCGCGGCGGCGGCAGCCGCCGCUGCGUCUGUGCGUAAGCGCGCCAGCAAGAGCGCCGGCACCAGCGCCGCCGGCGAUGCUAAUGCCGCAGGCGACGGUAGCGCUGGUGGCACUGGCGGCGGCGGCGGUGGCGAGUCUACGGUGAUGGCGGCGCCGGCGGCGUCGAAGGGCCGGGCCUGGUGGCAGGCGCCUCCGGGGUCUGCGGGGCUGCCGGAGGGGGCGGUGGUGGGGGGCUUCGACCUGCUGCCGGCGCAGGGCCGGAGGGCGGCCCUGGAUGUGGGCGUGUUCCGUGAGGAGGUGGAGGAGGUGCUGGGCGGCGUGCAGGCGUUGCAGUGGCCGGUGGUGGACGAGGACGAGAUGGAGGAUGUGCGGUGGUUCCAUCGCGACUGGGUGCGUGCCGUGUUCGCCGCGCCCGGCGGCGCUCUCAGCGUGUCGGGGGCCGGCAAGUUCAACGUGCCUGGGCCCUACUCCCUCGCCUUCCGCCUCAUCACCGCCUGGGCGGGCUCACUGCCUGGGGAGGCUGCCUCCAAGCUCGACGGAGGCAGCGGGGGCAGUGGCUGCAGCAGCGGCACGGCCACCAUGCCGCUGCCUCUGCCGGCUAGCUUCACGGCGUCUGCCCCGACCCAGGCAGCGGCGGCGGCGGCAGCCAGCGCGGAUGGAGAAUGGGAGGGUGACCGCAUACCGCAGGUGCUGAUCGGCGAGGGCACCUUCAAGUACGUGCUGGCCCGGCUGUGGGACCCGCGGCCCGAGUCGGAGGGCGGCGGCCGCUCCAAGCUGCUGGUGUGGGGCGACCCCCGCGCGCCCUACCACAACGACCUGCUGCAGAAGGCCAAGCAGAUGGCGCAGCGCUACGGGGGGCUUAAGGUGACGGUGUUGGGCGGCGGCCGCAUCCGACACGACCCGCAGGCCCGAGCCAUUGACGUGUACGGCUACUCCGCCGCCUUCGGGCCGGCGCCGCACGAGCUGGCGGCGGCGCUGCUGGCGCGCUGGUACCCGCUGUAUGACAAGGACAACAUAACCGUGUCAUACGAGGGGUACUAGGUUGCUCGGAAUGGUUUCAUGUGUGGAACUGGGGGCCAGGCUGAAGAGUGAAGGGGGGCCAAGAGCUGGUGCGGUGACAAACGCCCGGCCGAGACAGUAAGGCCCCUAGGGGAGCUCGCCUUUUAUGAACUGUAUUAAUGGUGAUUGAUUGAUGUUACAAGUUCAUGCUCGUAGAUUGGUCCAAACGAGCCAGGAAGCUCAUGGACCGCCAAAACUAGUCUCAAAAGGAUUAUUCAAAAAGAAAAACAGUUCAUGCAAUAAUAUAUCUAAAUUGGUCGCGCCGUAAGGUCGUUACGUCGCAGCCUUAUCGCGUGAAUGACACGCGCUAAACCCCUCUGGUC